AUGUGGUGUUCCAAGAUAAGGCAAGCACUUACUAAUUCGAGUCCAGAAGCAGGAAAUGUGAUACAUCCAUUUCCUUUCAGGCAAACAACACAGUUCCGUGGCAGCACAAAACCUUUGCUUCUAUUGCAGAAAUCUCAAAAUUCAGAAAACUAUUGCUCCUCUGUGGACAUACCGUUCUGUAUUUGCUAUUUGGAUGUUAUGGAUAGGAACAGUACUUUUACUCCAGUCACAUGGCCACCAAAGUUUUGGGAGCAGAUAACAAUAGCCUUCACAGUGUCCAUGGUGAUUGGGCUGGUGAUUGGAGGGAUCAUCUGGGCAUUUUUCACCUGCCUGUCCCGUCGCAGAGCUAGCGCCCACAUCUCCCAGGGGAGCCCCUCAUCCUUCAGCCGUCGAUCCAGACCCUCCUCCCACGGCCACACUGCCAGCAGGACUGGAUUUUACCGCAACAGCAGCUGUGAACGUCGGAGCAACCUCAGCCUGGCCAGCCUCACCUUCCAGCGGCAAGCCUCCUUGGAGCAGGCCAACUCCUUCCCCAGGAAGUCCAGCUUCCGCGCAUCCACCUUCCACCCUUUUCUGCAGUGUCCUCCCCUGCCUGUGGAGACGAACAGUCAGCUGAUCACCCUCACUCCCACAAACACCACCACAACCCUUGUGGCAAGCACCACCAACAGCUUGACUCGACCUGAAUUCCACUGGUCUAACAACAACCUCCGCAUCUGCCACUCCACGCAAACCCCACCUCCCGCCUAUGAAACCAUCAUAAAAGCUUUCCCAGAAUCCUGAGCUUCAGCCUCCUGCAAACACAUAUAUACAUCUUAGGUGGAACCACAAUUAUCUGAACAAUUUUCUGUGCAUGAUGAAGAUCUCUGAGAAGUCUCUAUCUGCAGCUGCAGAGGGGACAUACUUUGCCAAGAGCCAUGUAGAAGUGAUUUCAUGGAGCCCAGCAUCCCACCGUCUGAGAGAUCACUUGUCUUUGCCCUGCUGGCUUUUAUUUACUGCUCUGCUGUAUGCUUGCAUAUUUAUAGUGUUGUAUCUUUAAUUGCAGCUAUUGUCUCUUUAUUUUAGAGGGAAAAAUGCUGCCACAUAAAAACAAAAUAAUUUCUUGAAGAAACAGAUAAUACUAGAGAUUACUGAUAUACACAGCACAUCAAUGCAAAUUUCACUGUUCCUUUUUUUGUUUUAAGAAGUUUUGAUUUCACAUGUUUUUGUUACAUUUUCAGAGCACCUCCUGUUACCCACUUUCUUGCUAUAACCCCGGAAGAGCUUCAGUCUGAGGAACCUUAGAUGCAGACCUCAUAGAGGAUGCAGUCCUGGCUACUGUAGACAUCCUGUUCUGUUGAUUGCAAAGAUCUGAUCUGAAAAGAUCCAUAUUAGGGAUGCUUGUUUCAAAUUCCCCACAGUGUGGGAAAAAAAAUUGUUAAGUAUAUAUAGCUUAAUGAACAAAGUUUUGAACAACAUACUAAAUGCAUGAUAACAAUUAUAAAGACUUUUCUGUCAGCAGCCAGCAGAACAGGUAGUCAUGUUUUAAUACCCAGUGAGGCUGUAUGGGCAGAGCUCCUCGUGUUUCAUUUUUCUAGCUCUGGCUAUCCAGAUAAGCAGUAUGAAUGACAACUAUUUUUUAAUUAAGUUUCCUGAUUUCCUAUGGGAUUAGUCAUUUCCUUAUUUCAAAUGUUUUUUUCUCAAAUUGUACCAAUGUUUAAUUCUUUCUUUUAUUCAUUGAAAUCUUGUCUUUCACUAAAACAAGAUUUCAGACAUCUGUGGCUGAAUACAGGGAUUGUAUAAUGAAUUGGGAUAUGAAGAUAAAGAUGAAGUAUUUAGUUGAGGCUUACAUGUAUUCUUGACUUUUAUAUGUGUGUCAUGUCAAGCUAACCCCUGGCUUAGUAGAGACUAAUUGCAGUGAUAUGACAAAUGUUCAGGAUUUGGAAAUAACAGAGACAAAUGGGUCUUACCCAAAUUAAGUCUUAUUGUAUGAGUUUCCUGUUAAAUUUUUUCAAAUUAAGGGUGAAGAAUUUCCACAAGUAGAGGAACUGCCACACUCCACACUGCAAAUGCAAAUAUGCCCAUUGUUUCUAAAAGGCUUGGGCAAUACCAGCCUCAGGACUCCUGAUUCUGAGGGGGCUUCUGUAGGGAGAACAAGUUCUUGUCUCUCUUCUGGGAGAGACAAAGAUUCAGCAGCUUUUGAGAAUGGGCAAAAUGCUUAACAUCUCCCAGAUUUUCCAGGCUUUUGGAGACUGGCAGCAUGCAUCCCUUUGCUGAGGUCAACAUCCUUUGGGAAACACUGGCAUUGAUCUCUGAUCUGCAGUAUUCCAGCCCAAUAUCCACCCAUUCACAAAUAAUGCUAAAAACAUUGAGCUUCAAGCUAUACUUACUGUAAACAACAAGUAUUCCUUAUUUUAAAGGCAAAUUAUUUUGCAUACUAUUUACUGACUGGAUUUCAUUGUUUUAGUGUGCAGCACAUCUGGAGAGAUGUAUGUCAUUGCUAGAAGAGCAACCAUUUACAGAGUUUACAGAGCAUUUCACUGUGCACACUACGGUUCUAGCACACCCAGAACUUGCUGAUAAGAUUGUAACACUGCAUUUGGCUGAUCACAGGCUACAAACUUAAAAUAGGAGUCCUCUGAAGAAAGAGAGAAAGAAAGAAAUUUAUGCUUUUUCAUUCAUUAAUAAUUUUUUUUACAUUUAGAGAUUUUCAUUGCAUGCAAAAAUAUGUUCAAAGCGUCCUUCUUAUAGAAUAGGUGAUGCAGCCUAUUCUAACCAGCCUACAAAAAGUAGAAUUCAAACAUUCUCCUUUUGUUUAGUGGGUUUUAUGGACUGUGGAAGAGACAACUUACCCUACCAGCUGCGUACCCAGCAUGCACCCAGCUGGCCAAAACUGCUUGUUCCUUGAGAGUGAAAUAAUUUUAAAUGAGUAAAUUUUUACUUCUGGAUUGUAAGUGCACGUUACAUUACAGUAGAACUUUCCACAGCACAAUUAUUACACAAUUAUUACUUGUAUUAUACUGUAUUUAGUAAACAUUGUAAAGAGGGAAGCUUAAAUGCACUGUAUAUUUUUUUCCUCCUGAAAUCUGCACUGGAUAUCGAAACAUUUCUUAUGUGCCCUGGACUAGGGAGACUAAAAAAACAUGUUUGGUGCAUAGCCAAUAUGACUGUCAGAAGCCUAAAACUUGUUUUCACAUCUGAAAGAAAUGUUUUGCAAGCAUUCAGGAAGCUUCGGAAUGUGGAAUAAAGUUAGAUGCUAUAAUCUCAAGCUCAUGUUUUUUCUUAAUGAUGAAUAUGGUGAUUUGCAUAAAAGAUCCUUUAAAGGGAAGAGUAUUAUCUUUAAUUAUGCAAGCUGAUACAGUUAGAAAUGUGAAUGAGGACUCCCUCCUUCCUUUGCUUCUGUGGGGAAACACCCCAAAACUGAAGAUGUUUUUUGAAGUCAGGGUCAGAAUUUGCCCUAUGAGAACAGCUUCAAUGGAUUACAAGUGAGAAGGUCCCUCACAAGUAACAGUGCUUACAGGUUUUAAAUACACUGCUUUUUAAGUGCUUCGGCUUCAAUUCACAUUGCGUUUGAGCAAAUGCUUGCUUUAAGCAAAAGGGCAAUCACUAUAAGGUUCAUGCUUAAAUGGACUCAUGCACAUUUUAUUGCAUUAGGACCAAAGCACACUGCACAGGACCAACCCCCAAAUUAACACUGGGAUUCAGGAAUCAUUGUGUGUUUGAUAUGCAAAAAAUAUUAUAUUUGCUUGAUGAAAGAAUCUUUUAUUUCAAUUUAAAAUACUAGAAAGAUGAGCUGAAUUAAAACAGCAUGUUACUGCAGAUUUCAAGAUUUCAGAGCAUUCACAAGCAUGAAUUGAACUUCACAAUUAUUUUGCAUGUAAUACAAAUAAAAUGGUGCUACCAGAAUCACAUAGGGACUGAUAGGCAGAACUUUGAUCAACAUCCAGAUAUCCUGACACCUUGUUCUGAGUAACCAGAACUACUUCUCCUCCUCAUGAAGAGAAAUGCUAUCCUGUUAUUGUCCAUGUCCACAAAAAGUCACUCCAGUUAUGGGUUCAUAUAGAAGGCAGGACUUGACAGCUCUUUGUCAGAGAAUAUUUAUGUUCCAUCUUAUUUAUAAAAAUAGCUCAUGCUAUAUUCCUUGACCUUGCAUCACUGAAGAGCUGAUGACCACCUCUUUGGACAGCUGCUGAUGACCAUACUGUAACACUCUAAACAUGCAGUAUUUUUGCCAAAUCACAUUUUAAUGUUCACUUGUAAUUUAUCUUGAAGCUUUUGAAUCAUCUCAAAAUCCAUUCUUAAGUAUACACUGAAAACUAUGCUCACUGGAAAUAUCCUCUCAGAGGUAAAAUGACACAUGCCAGAUCCCUGACCUAUAAGCAUUUGAUAAAAUUAGGUGAUGUCUAUGAUGCAGUACAGCUUCUGGAACAAAAAAAAAAGAGAAAGAAAACACUAAUUGGAAAUUUACCUCUGCAAGUCCAGAGCAGACUAAAGAAGAAGACAUUGAUAUAACUUCAAAAUACUGAGAACAAUAUUUUAGAAACUACACUUACAAAGUCUUAAAACUCAAGGAAAAUAUCUGUACCUUUUUGUAUUCAUUUGGGUCUCUUAAUAAAAGCGAGUUUUUAAUGGGA